AUGAGAAGGCUAUCACAACAAGCAGUGAGUGUUGCAGCGAAGGAGAUGGUUUCACGAGCUAAAGCUGCUCGUCCGGUGGCAUCAACAACAACAAACCAAUGGUACUCCACCGUACCUCCUCCAAAAGAAGAAGAUGAAGAAGAAGACGAGAUGGAGGAGAUGGAGAUGAUUCCUUUCCCUAGUCACAUACCCGGAGGUGGUGGCCUUGUCGUCCGAAAGAAGAAUAAGAAAAUGCUUGAGACACCGAUGGGACAAAACAAACCCUCCUCUGGUCAAGACUCCGGGCAGGGACAAGGAACCAACGUCGGUGAAAAACCAGAUUAUGGUGGCGGUUGCAGUGGUUGUCCUGGGUGUACCCGUUGUGGUUGCCCGGGAUGUGACGGUGGAUGCAAUUUCUGCUUUGGUUGCGACGCCUGCAAGUAUAAGUAUUAA